AUGGAUUACCAGAACUACGAGAUGAAGCCGGAGUACAUCCCGGUCAGGCAGAGCUGGGACGAAAGUCUUAACAUGGUCGUGCCUGAGUACGCCCAAGACAUUGAUUGGAGCAGCGAGGAGAUCCAAAACCUGUUGAGCGAGAUGGUCGCCAACUCGUCUCCGUCGGCCUUCCCAUCAGGUUCGAACGGCACUAUGACCUCUAGCGUCAGCCCUGGCGCCGGAGUAUUCGACAAUGAAGCUCACCAGGCCGGGGACAUGGACGCCAGUAACAACGGGGGAGAUUACUUCCAAGAGCAAAUGCUUUGUUUGAAUAGCCCUGCUCUUCCCCCCGCCCCUAUUCCUGUCCCCUCUGAGCCCUCGUUCUUCGCGCCUGGCGCUUCCGCCGGCGGCAACGUAUUCAGUUCGGAAUUGGACGAGGAUGUCGGUAGUAAUGACUAUCUUCUCGACGACGAUAUGGCGGGUAGCAACAUCCCCAAUCCGGCCUAUAACUUGGAUUUCGGUGGCAACUCUACCCCCAUCGACGACAUGGAGGCCGGCAGCAGCCCUUUCUUCGCCGACAACAUAGCCGAGGACUACAGCUCUCCCUCAGUCGACGACAACGUCGUCAGGGACGCCCUCGGCCCAAACAACCAGGACGCAAGAGUCCAGAAGAGAGGCAACGGCAAGGGCAAAGCCAAAGCUCCGCGCAAGGCAAAGAAGGCCACGCCAGACAAGCCCGCUCGCGCCGUCAGGGCCUUCUCCUGCAAGUCGUGCCGCAGAAAGAAGACAAAGUGCGACGGGAGCCCCGGCCACGCCUGUUCCAAGUGCCAAAAGAGCGGAACGGCGUGCGAGAUUGACGGGAAAGAUGGCCGCACCAACAAAACCAUCAUCGACAAGUACGAGAGCCUCCGCGUUGCCCUCAACGCCCAUCUCGUCAGGGUCGCCCAGAUCUGCCACCACUUCUGCAAGUCCUAUAGCGGACCCCAAGAGCGUUGCCAAGUCGCGGCUGGAGCCGCUCCAACUCUUGAAGUUUUCCGCAGAAUGGGCAUCCCGAUCGAGCCCUGGCGACUUAGGGAUAUCCUGAGGGCAGAUGAUCCCAAGACGCACCAGCUUCCGGAAUACCGAAGUCGCUUGGUAGAAGUCGGUCAGAAGGCCAAGAAGAUGACGAACAUCCUUGCCAAGCUCAUAGAGAUGCUCACCCAAAGCAACUCCGACCUCUGGGCUGAUGGCCGCCGCUUGACCUACGAACUAUUCGACAGCAAUCCGGAACUUGACAGUUUCGACGCCAAGAUCAACGCUGUGUUCGUUACGGAUGAGCAAGACUUCAUCUACACCGUCCUGGCGAAUGAGGUCGACGAGAUCAUUGCCCAAUACGACUAA